ACGACCAGAAGCCAGGCAACCAGGAGGCAGAGAAUCCAAGCCCAGAUGACCAACAUCCACACGGCCAGAAUCUAGGCAGCCAAACUCUAGAGGAUCGAAACUCGGACGACAAGAAUUUAGACUCUCAAACUUUAAAGGAAUCUCUCAAGGAGGGCGAUUCUAAGGAAGCGGACGUCAAUGAAAAGGGGUUACAAUUGGAUAACCAACAACACGCUAGGGACGAACAAAAGCCAGGGAAUGGCGGAACCGAUUUUGAUCAAGAUAAUUUUGGAAACCAAGGACGAACCCCUGACCCCACGCCCACGCGGAGACAGGAAGCUGAAGCUCCUUCACCGCUCCAACCUCCGAAUCAUGAGUUGCGAUCCCCAGGCAAAACUUCCAUACCCGAUACUCCUUCUAGCAGUGCCAGCACUGAAAACAUGGCACUGGAAGCCUCGCAAAGGGUAGGACACUCAGCCUCGACGACCGAAAGUACUCAUGACAGAGACGAAAAAAGGGACAAAUUACCGGGACAUUCGCCAAAGGAAUUCGAGAACGGAAUCAUCCCACCUCAAUCUUCCAAAGAUAAUCUUUCCACCCAAGCGUCAACUGCUCCCCAACUCACUCCAAAUCGUAAUCUGAUAUCAGUUGACAAGACUGGAGAGACGCCACUUGCGCAUGGCUCGAAUGCCAGCAUCAUCUCGUCUAAUCCGAACAAGCAUCUUACAUCAACUAACAAUAACUUCCCGGUCGCCGGAGCUACUGCGGCAGCAGUUGGUUUAGCUGUCGGCGCGGGGCUUGUGACAGCUUCCGGACUUCUGGAUGAAGGGAACGAUAGAGAUCCAGAUCCCGCAUUACCAACGGCUAAUGGGGCCGUAGAUAACAGCGUAUAUGACAAUGACGCUGACAACUACACCUACAACCACGACAACCCCAUCGCUUCCGAAAACAUAGCUGAUGAGGCUGACGAUCCACACCAAUAUUACUUUGAAUUUGACGAAAACCCCGACGACUAUCAUCACCACUCUGAAUCCGAGAAUGAUAACAAGGAGAUACCAUUCAAUAGUACCGACACCGACGCGUCGAAUGCUUUCAUCAAUCCGAAGAAAGAUAGCAACAACGACUCCGAAGAUGAACGUAACGCUCCUUACCAUAACGGUUCCGGUUCAGAUUUGGAAUCGGACACCGGCGGCAAUGACUCCGAAGAUGGCGAGUUGUCCAAUGAUCAUGAUGGUCUGGGCCAAUACGCCGACGACGCAUCUAAUAACAGUUCAUUCUAUAAUGACAAUGAUGACGGAAACGGAUUGAAGGAAUAUAACUCGGAUUAUGAAGACAACGAAAGCGAAAAAGAAGAGGAUGGUGAGAUUGAAGAGGAGGAAGAGGAAGAAGAGGAGGAAGAGGAAGAAGAAGAAGAAGAGGAAGAAGAGGAUGGUGAGAUUGAAGACGAGGAGGAGGAGGAAGAGGAUUAUAGUGAAGGCGAGUAUUCUGGCGGUGGAUAUUCAGACUAAUUUUUUUCUCCCUAUGAGCCUCCGAAUAGUGGCAUGGCGGGAAGGAGGCAACACGGCGAUUAGUACAGAGGUUCGAUAGAUUGAUGUUAACAAUAUGGGGGCGAUGGAAUAUUGGCUUCGAAUCUGCGGAGACAGGUCAAGAUUAGAUGAAAGGAGAAUAUAGAAAAUAUAUUGCCUUAAUAAUGAUAUGAGUACGUAAUACUUCCACUUAGCCCUUAUAAUUAUAAUGUAAAUACCUCCUGCCUUC